GCAAAUUUGAAAAGUAAAAAACUAAACAAGGAAAGCUAUAGGGAGAGAGAGAGAGAGGAGAGAGAGAGGAGAGAGAGACGGGUCACUUGCUCAGCCCCAUACCGACAGAAAGCUGAGAAAACUAGAACUCUUUCCAGUUUCCGGACAAAGAUUUGUACUUGCAGACGAGCAGAAAGAGUUAAGCUUCAAAAGCAUUAAUAACAACACCUCACGUUCUUACUGUUUGGAACUGCACUCUCUCCUCACAGAAUGCUUGCAUAAUAUCUGCGGUCCCUUGCAACGAAAGCGAUGUUUGUGUCAUGAGAUAAAUACAACGCUCAUACAUUUUCUCAGCAAGAAAAGAACUCCGAGUGAAUUAUGUUGGUUUGUUAAUGGGCUGCUAUUGUUCAAAGGAAGCUAAAACGCCUGGCUAUGAGGACCCUGCGGUUCUUGCUGCUGCGACACCUUUUACUGUGAACGAAGUAGAAGCCUUGUAUGAGCUUUUUAAGAAAUUGAGCAGUUCGAUAUUUGAUGAUGGACUGAUCCACAAGGAAGAAUUUCAGCUCGCGCUCUUCAGGAACAGAAAUCGGAGGAAUCUUUUUGCAGACAGGAUUUUUGACUUAUUUGAUAUCAACGCAAUGGGUUUAUGAGUUUGGAGAAUUUGUUCGAUCAUUUAGGUG